UAAGCUAAAAGUCCAGUCCCAGCAAUCAGGGCAAGGAAGUUUCGUGUAAUGUAGUUUUUUCAGCUGUGGAUUUGCUGCUGCUUGAUUGCUAAUAUGGAACAGACUCGGGAUAUGUCAAAAACAUUAUGAACACAAGACCUUCUGGGCAAAGACUUUACCAAUUCCCUGCAAUUGCCCAACAGAGAACAUCUGCCUUACAAUGUCAUUCUAAAGGACUUGCAUCUACAUGGUUAUAGGAAUGUCCAUCACUGCUGAAAACCUUAGUAAUCAGAGAUAAAGGCCACAGAAUCCAUCACCAUAAAUCAUGUUGGGGAAAAAGCCGGUGACAGCACAGAAACGAGGGGAGACCAGAGCACUCUGCCUGGGCUUGGGAAUGGUAGCAUGCUCAGUGAUAAUGUAUUUCUUUAUCGGAAUCACCAUUGUACCCUUAUACAAUAAAAGUGUCUGGACCAAUAGAGGUAUAUGCGAACUGAAAAAUGCCAGCAUCAAGGAACAGCAGCACUGUUCAUUCAAUGAUGGCUCCAGUGAUGAAAAUAAGUUUCAAUAUCCUUGUCUGGACAUCAUGGUCAAUUUGACACCUGUCGGGCAGGUGGUAAAGCUUUAUCACCAGGAGGAGACCGUGUUCAGAAACCCCAAGUGCUCCUACAUCCCCCCGACUCUGAAGAAUUAUACUGCAGUGCAAGAGAAUGUAGAAAAAGUAAGACAAAAUUUCACAGAAGCCCAGGUGUUUUAUUGUUAUUAUGACCCAUCAGGACAAGAAGCCACUGUCCUUUUAUACAGACAAUAUCUUCCAGAGUUCCUUUUGUUCACUUUUGUCUGGCCAAGUCUGAUGUUGAUUGGUGGAGUCCUGAUUAUUGUCCUGGUGAAAAUAAGUCAGUAUUUUUCUAUACUCUUAGCUCCACAGUACAGAACAGGUAUAUAGAAUGUC